AUGUCGACGGUCACUUCUUGCACCCUUCUGAGCCUCGGGUCCGCAGUGCGUCCGGCAGUCUAUUCCUCCGGGAGACCAGCAGCGGUGGGGGUGGCUUCCCUUUCUUCCCAGAGGACGCCCCGGCCCCUUUCUGUGUGUUGUGCGACCAGCCAGAAAGGGGAUCACAACCCAAAGACGGAUUUGCAUCCAUUUAACAUCCCUGCCUUCGUUCUGGUGCACCCGGUUCCACCACGUGAGGAACGGUGGCAGCUGGAGGAGGACGCCGAGAAGGUGAACCUGUGGUUCGAGGUGCCUGGGCAGUCCCAGUAUGACCUCGCCGUGGAGAUCGACGAGGACGUACUCGUCAUCAAGAAGAAGGUCCAUGUCGUCGGUGGGGACGUGGGGCAGCGGAGCCCUGGCGGUGGCGUCACGGAUUAUGCUCCCCAGCAGCAGACCCGAAGGGGCGCCACGGCGACAGAAGCUAGCAAGGAGGUGGCGGCACAGCAGGGCGGCGAGGUGAUCUACGCCCGGAUGCUCCUCCCGGCGGGGUACAGCAGGGAGGGCGUGGAGGCGGAGCUCAAGUCCGGCGUGCUCAGGGUCACUGUCGCCAAGAUCAAGGAGCGGGCGCGCAGGAAGAUCGACGUCAGCAUUCAAGUCAAGUAG